AUGUCGUACGGUUACAGUAAGCUGAAAUUUAUGUUGGUUUAUCGUGUCGACCAAAGCCAUCUAACUCUUAUUGUAGCAACUGACAAAGGAAUCAAAGUGGACAAUGUUGUCGCGGGUGACAAAGUACCUCUGGGGCGGCCAUUUCCAGCUCAAUCUUUAAAGAACGUGGUGGAUCUUUCCCUAGAGGACGCUAGUCCUUGUGUCAAGGUCGAUGACACUUGGCCCGGUAUUCUUGAGGGACACCGUGCAGGUAUGUGGACGGUUGCACUUACGUGCUCAGGCAACUACAUGGGCCUUUCAUACAAAGAGUUUAAAGCAUUAUCGGAUCUGGAGUUAAAAGAAAAGAGAGCCCAUGUUGAAAGGGUUUUUCAAAAAUCCAAGCCACAUUAUUUGAUUGGGAAAAUUGCUGAAUUACCAAGAGUGAUAGAAGACAUAAAUAGAAAGAUGAAGAAGCGUGAGGUUCCUCAGACUCUAUAA